AUGGCAAUAUUCAGCGAUACACUUGCACUACCUUCCGUAUCUAUCAUGUUUUUCGUAUAUAAUUUAAUUCAAAAUCGCCCGGUAAUGGAUGAUGAUGCGGCCGUUGAAUAUUUAGAAAAAUUACAACGUGCAAAGGGUGCUUUUGAUCAUGUCUUUUAUGUUGAAUUAUGGAUGGCCGCUCUAACUGGAUUAGCAGAAGAAUAUAUCGAUUAUUCGGGUUCAGGAGGUCAUGCCCUUUUAUGGAAAAGUUUUGUUCUAGUUAAGCUCCCUGCAUUAAUUGAAAAGCUGGAAGCAAGAAAAUCAUCAAAACUUGGUGAAAAUGAAGAUAUUAAACACGGGCGUCAUGAAUGUGUGAUUAAUCAAUUGUCCGGGUUUCGAGGAUUGUUUAAUGCAUGUAAUCAGCAUUUGGAAGGGGCAAUUGAAGAUAUCUUUCAGGUUGCUGAUAUGUCGGUUGAUAUCUUGAAAGCGUGCUUUAAAAGGAAUCUUUUAAGGCGAGAGUUUGUAUUACGACAAUUGGAACUUGAAUGGAGUGGAUCAGAUUCUAUGGAAACCGAUUCGUAUGCCGGCAGCAUUUUAGACGAUCCUAAUAACGAGAUGAUAGAAAAAUUCGUGUCAGUGAUUCCUAAACGUUUUUUGGAUCAGGAAUCAAGAAUAGAAACGAUAUUAAGGCUAAUAACAGAGUGGAGUAAUAAUCGAAAUUUACGACAUUUGUCAAUAUUAUGUCGUCUUCUUAGUGAGAAUUCUGCUCUCCUCGAUAUUAUUCAUCUAUACCACCAUCCUUCUGAAAUUUUACAACCUUUGGAACAAUUAUGUAAUACAUGGGAAAAACCCAAUGAUGAUAAUUUUGAAUCUUAUCUUCAGGAUUGUGAAAGUUUUGGUACCAUAUUUUUAUUUUUAGUCAAUAUAAUUGAUAGAUAUGAGUUAUAUAAGAACCUUAAAGAUAUACUACGUGAUGAAAAAGGUUUUUGUCAUAUGUGGAUUCUCCAAUCAUCAGUUGUAUAUGAAAAAGGAUCCCUUAAUACGGAAAAGGCUGCUAUGGUUGAUUGUUGGGUUAAUGUGAUGGCGACAAAUCCUCGAAUUUUAAUAGAGUUGGCGCCAACAAUAUUUAAACAAGCACUUGCUGGAAUCGACAAAGAUUCCGAGAGUGCUACUGCGGUAACAUUUGAAACACUAUUGACGAAUUUUGAAUUUUUUUUGAAACCUCAUUCAUCAUAUGCAUUAGUUGGAGCUAUUCAGUGGUUAUGCGAUGAUGUCCUUAAAUUUUUGAUAUCAUCAAAAGAUUUUCCUGUCUCAGUUGCGCGAUUAGUAGCAAAUAAAGUAAUGAAUAUUUUAGAUAAUUCAGCAGGUAGUUUACCAUCUAUAGAGGAUACCGAGACUGAUAUCAAGUUAAAACUUGCCGCUACACGUAAUGAACCAGUAUUAUCAUCCUCAAAACAUCCAUAUGAGACGCUUUUUUCGCGAUUUUGGAUAAUGUUUAAAUCUAUUGUUUAUGGUGGACGUCAACUAAAAUCAACACCUAACAAUAUGAAUAUUGAAUAUGAUAUUGAAUCUCCUCAGAUGGACUUAUCUUUAGAUCUGUCAUGGCGGGGAUCACAUCAUUUAGAUAUUAGCUUGUUUCGAUCAUGUUUAGAAAUUCAUGGGCCGAAGAUCUUUGUUGACUUAAUUGUAGAGGAUGUACUUGCUAUUAGCAAAAAAGGAGUUGGCUACCGAGCUGCCGAACUUGGUGCCUCAUUACUUACAAUCCCUUUAUGUUACACGUGGAACGCACAUCUUCAUCCAAACAAUCUCAUUUACAUAUUAUUUUCGGAUGCGCUUGUUCGCGCACUUGACAGAAAGGUUGCUUCGUAUGUACAAGGUCAAGCUUUAGGAAUAUUGACUUUAAUAGUGUUAAUUACUUGGAACAUUCAGUUUAAUAUUUCUACUAAAAUUGGUGGGAAGGGUAUCUAUGAAAUUUUUAUUGAACAUGUAUUACCAAAAUUCCAAAAUCAAAAAAAUGAUAGUGAAAAUGAUAUAAAUCAACAUAAAGAGACGUGGAGUAAACUUAUGUAUGGACCUACAAGAGGGUUUAUUGAUA